AUGAAGAAAAGACAGAUGAUUGGGAAGCAUAAUAGCCGAGAAUACAAAGAGAUAGAUAAAGAGAUAAAGAACAAAUGUCGUAAAGCCAAAGAAGCAUGGUUAAGUGGUAAAUGCGAAGAGAUAGAGAGAUAUAAAAAUACUGACCCAUCUUCGAUGCACAGGAAAAUCAAGGAGCUUGCAGGUCCUAUUAUAAUAAAAUCUGAGGUGCGUGCAGCAGUGAAUAAUAUGAAAAGAAAUAAGGCAGCUGGUCCAGACAAAAUCGUGACAGAAAUGAUUGUGCCACUAGAAGAAUUUGGAAUUGAAAAACUCACAGACGUCAUUAACGAGAUCUAUGACAGCGGUGAAUUUCCCGAGGAGCUAAGUAAAUCAAUCUUCAUUGCACUACCGAAGAAGCCGGGAGCCAUAGAAUGUGAACUACAUAGAACUAUAAGUCUAAUGAGUCAAAUCACAAAGAUUAUUCUGAAGGUUAUUAUGGCAAGAGCAAGAAACAAAUUAAGACAAGAAAUUGGCAAUGAACAAUGUGGGUUCGUUGAAGAUUCAGGGACUAGGAAUGGAAUCUGGAUGACACUGCAAAGACUGGAAAUGGAUGGGAAAGACAUAAGAAUGCUUAGGAAUUUGUACUGGGGGCAAACGGCCUGCAUGAGAGUUAACAACGAGUUGGGCGAGUUCACGGAAAUUCGUAGAGGUGUACGUCAGGGUUGUGUUUUUUCACCCUAUUUGUUCAACCUGUACUCAGAACUAAUUCUAAGAGAACUGGAAGGUCUGCAAGGGUUCGUCAUAGGAGGUCAUAACAUGAACAACAUACGCUAUGCGGAUGACACAGUGCUAAUUUCUGAAUCGGAGGGAAAGUUACAAGAACUGCUUGACAAGGUAGUAGAGGAAAGUGCAAAGAAAGGUUUAACGAUCAACUGCAAGAAAACAGAGUGCUUGGUUGUCAGUAAGAAAACAAGAAGACCAGAUUGCAGGUUAUACAUUGGAAAAGAUACAAUUAAGCAAGUCAGCAAGUUUAACUACCUGGGAAGUAUUAUUGCCGAAAAUGGGAAAUGUGAGGAUGAAAUUAAAAGAAGAAUUGGGAUGGCUAAGGAUGCAUUUCAGAAGCUAAGGAAGGUGUUAAAGGAUCGGAAGUUGUCGAUAGAUACCAAGCUCAGAGUGCUGGACUGUUAUGUAAAUUCCAUCCUUACAUACAGCAGUGAGUGCUGGACAAUUUCAGCCCAAAUGGAAAGAAGAUUGGAGGCGGCGGAAAUGUGGUUUCUAAGACGAAUGUUCAGAGUAUCUUGGACAGAUCAUGUUGCCAACGAGGCAGUUCUAAGAAAAGCUGGAAGAGAAAAGAGUUUGUUGAAAUGCAUAAGGAAAAGACAAAUGCAGUUCCUAGGACACAUCAUGAGGAAAGAUGGAUUGGAGAACUUAACAAUCACAGGGAAAAUAGAAGAUUUACCAUUACCUAAUGCCUCUGCUCUGAACAUUAUACAGCGGGAUAGCGAUGCCCACUUAUUAGCCUUUCAAGAAAAGUUAAGAAUAGGCCAUCACUCGCUCUUGUUCGGAGGUUCUUGGGUGUUGUCUGCGGAGAUAACGGCCUCUUCCCAAGUUUUGAUCCUUCCCGCAUCCCUUCAGAGCCUAGAAAACAGUGAAAUGAGAGCGGAAGUAAUCGAGGGAUGCCUGCUGGAUUGCUGCCGGGUGUCUGCACAUUAUACUGUCACAUAUGAUGUCCUAAGGAACGGCGUAGACCGAUACGAUUUGGCACCAGCGGCGCCGCAGGAAUUGAUAGUGGCCCUGUCCCCUGAAAGAAGGUCCGCAGUAGCGCGUGGCCUUCGCCGCAUCCCCCAAGGUCACGGCUCGAGACCAGCCUUUGCUUCGCCGGCGACAAAUAAAGAAUUGCUCAAGAUCAGCCCGCGGCGGAGGCUUUGUCCCGCUCAAGAGGCUGGAGGAAUUCGUUAUAAAAAUUAUGCUUAG